AUGAGCGUUCCAGCCAUCACGGCCGGUGUGGCGGGCACCACGCGUCGCAUCGAGGCCUGGAAUGCGUUUGGAGAUCCCAGGUGGGUGGAUGGUGAUGUGCUGGAGAUCACACCCUUGGGCGCAGGGGCUGAGGUGGGUCGUUCAUGCUGCAUCGUGCGCUUCCGGGGCAAGGUGGUGAUGUUCGACUGCGGAGUGCACCCCGCGCACAGCGGCAUGAGUUGUUUGCCUUACUUUGAUCACAUCAACCCCGCGGAGGUGGAUCUACUGCUGGUGACCCAUUUCCACUUGGAUCACAGCGGUGCUGUGCCGUACUUCGUGAGCCGGACGGAGUUCAAGGGCAAGGUCUUUAUGACGCACCCCACACGGCCCAUUUGCAAGAUGUUGUGGCAAGACUAUGCCAGGGUGAGCAAGAUCGCAGCAGAGGACCAGAUCUUCAGCAGCGAAGACAUCAACAGGACCGUUGAGCGAAUCGAGCUUCUCGAUUACCACGAGGAGCGGCAAUUCCGCGGCAUCAAGUUCUCAUGCUACCGUGCAGGGCACGUGCUUGGCGCUGCGAUGUUCAUGAUCAACAUCGGAGGCAUCCGGGUCUUGUACACCGGGGACUACAGCCGUGAAGAAGAUCGUCAUUUGCCGCAGGCAGAGAUCCCCAACGUCCGCAUCCACGUACUCAUUGUGGAGUCCACCUACGGUGUGAUGAAUCACGAGCCUAGAGAGCAGCGGGAGCAGCGCUUCACCAACUCGGUACAUCAGAUCGUGCGGCAGGGCGGCAAGUGCCUCUUGCCCGUCUUUGCCCUUGGCCGAGCGCAGGAGAUCCUGUUGAUCUUGGAGGACUAUUGGGAACGCAACUCGGACUUGCACGAGAUUCCCAUCUUCUACAACUCGCCCAUGGCGACCAAGUGCCUCCGGAUCUUCGAGACCUACACCAACAUGUGCAGCGUUUCAGUGCAAGAACAGGCAAAUCGAUGUAACAAUCCCUGGAUUCUGAAGUACAUCCAGAACAUGCCUGACAGGCAUACCUUCGCCCAGCUGGAGUCGGAGAUUGGUGCCUGCGUAGUACUAGCGGCUCCAGGCAUGUUGCAGAGCGGUGCCAGCCGCGAGCUCUUUGAAGCCUGGGCGCCAGAGAAGAAGAAUGGCGUCAUCGUCACCGGAUACUCGGUGAGCGGCACAUUGGCGCACGAGUUGAAAGGGGAUCCAGAGAGCGUGACCUUGAACGACGGCCGCAAGGUGAACGUGAAAGCCACCGUGAAGUUCAUGUCCUUCUCAGCCCAUUCGGACUACAACCAGACUUCCGAGUUCAUCCGACGCCUCAAAGCCAACGUGGUGGUCUUGGUUCAUGGCGAGGAGCACGAGAUGAAUCGCAUGCGCAACAAGCUUCGAGAGGAGUAUCCUGAGCUGAACGUCACCGCACCGCAGAAUUGCCAGACGGUGGCGUUGCGGGUGCCGCCGGACCGGUCCUUCGAUGCUGUUGGGAGCAUCGCAGAGGAGCUGCAAUCCGUGAAGAAGGGACGCACAGAGGUUUCAGGCCUUUUGGUGGAAGAUUCCACAGGUGUUCGGGCGUUGAUGAAGCCAGAGGAACUGGGUACCUUCACUGCUCUGAAAGCCUGCAAGGUGGAGCAAUGCCAACGGUUCGUCUUUCCUCACAGCUUGGCGGCGCUAGGCCGAGCUCUGUUGGAAAUCUACGAUGAGGUCUCCGUGGAGGGCACCGCGCUGCAGGUCUGCGAGGCGGUGGAGGUGACCCUGGAGAACCAGAUCCUGUCGAUCACUUGGGAUUCUUCACCGGUGAAUGACAUGGUCGCUGAUUCGGUUGCCUUCACGGCGAUCGAGUUGACUCGAAGCCCCAACAUGGUCACAGCCUUACAGGGGCAAGAUGUGAAUAAGGAGGAGGAACAGAUCUUCAAGGUUCUAUGCACUUACCUCCAACAGGAGUAUGGCCGAUUAGUUGUCGAUGACGCCAAGAAGCUGGUGUCUUUCGAGGUGGACGGAAGUCAUGUCUCCAUGAACUUCCCUCUUCGCAGCGUUGAGUGCACGGACGAGGCCCUUCGUGAAGGAGUCACAAAAGCAUUGCGGAGAUGUGAAAGGUCAUUGAGACCUAUCGCAACAAUCGGCUGA